UGGCUGAACUCAAACUAUGCGUUGCAAUUGUUGGCAUUUUAAUUUAUAUAUGUCUCAUUGCAAUUUGCAAUUGGUACAGAUACUGAUAAAGGAAUCCCGAUAGGGGAUCCGGUCCUCGACCCUCUGCCCGACCCCGGACACCCGGCCUGUCUCCCACCCCAAAUUGGGGGAGCAUUCUGGUCUAGGGAUAAGUUCCUUGCCUCUAGGUUCAGAUUCGGCCAUCCGGGUUCAGGUUCGAUUGCCUGGCAAUGCACGUUGCAUUGUCACUGCCUGACUGGUGACUGCUUGGAACAGUAUCUGAGCCUGCCAUCCAAAUCUGUAAGCGAUGGAGGUGGGCGGUAUGAUUCUGGUCUGCAUCGGCCUGGCUGUGCUCAUUAUAGUCACCCUGCUGGUAUUCCUCGGACACCUCGGACUCUUCAGCGAGGUCGAGGUCAAAACGGGCGCCCCGCCGUUCCGCGAGCUGACGGUCUGCUACAAAUUCAACCGCGGACCCUACAAGGGCUGCGGCCACCUCUUCACGGAGAUUUACAGCAUCGCUCCGGAGCUAAAGACCAUCGGGUUAUAUUACGAUGACCCAGAGGCAGUGAGCUCGCACGAGCUGCGGUACGCGGUGGGUGCCAUUCUCAGUGACGGCGUGACGCCGGAGCCGGCCGGCAUGCGCCAGCGCGUCGCCCAGCACGGCUUCCAGGUGGCCACCUUCCCGGCCAUCGAGCACGCUGUGCUGGCGUCGUUUCCAUUCCGGGCCACCUUCUCCAUCGUGCUGGCCAUUUGGAAGGUCUAUCCGGCGCUGAAGGAGUACAUCAAGAAGCAGAGUCUGUGCGCGUGGCCAAUGAUCGAGCUGUACGACUCGUCCGAGAUCCGGUUCGUGGCGCCGCUGACCCGUCAGGAGGAUUUCCUGGUGCCUGAGGCCACCGAGGAGCCGGCAAUGGACUCGGACGGACGGCUUACCACUGAGGAUGAGGGAGAACGCUCCGGCACUGAAGGCGGCGGCGAGCGGCCGGUGGCGGCGGCUGCCAGCGGCGGAUCCUCGGGCUCCUCUUCGUUCGAGGACCUCGGCCUGACUGCCGGCGGUGACGCCCGGUAAACACACCGCCCCGGACGUGUGUACCGCACCUCUGACCGGGUCUAGCGGUGCGCAUCGGCCCAUCCCCGGCGCCUGUCCACGACCUGGGACCGCUGGGAACGGAUCUCCGUCUUUCCGCUCGGCUUUCCACGGCCGCUGUGAGCGCGGCGUUAACUCGCGGUGGUGGGUGCUCGAGCUGCGACCUAGUGCACUGAGGGGCUCGUGGAGCUUUCAGGAGCUGCUUUCAUCAGCAACUUUGUGCUUUCAACACCAGAAAACAUGCCCCGCUAACAUUCCGUCUUAGAGUGCAAUUACGAUGAUAAUCUACGAAAACAUGCUACAUCGCCUACUGCGCUGUUUUCUGCCAUUCCCCACCCUGUUGCCGAUAUUACCAUAGUAGGUAGCUGCUGAAGCUGGUGGAGGAGCUCUUUAUUCCAAGAAAAUGUCUUCAAAAACAAAGCUAGGAUGUUAGGCUGUUCACUAACGACAUAAACCCUGUAGUUGCGCAUUAUUGCAUCGCUAACAGCCCAUAUUCAAGCGCCGGCGAAUCACCAGUUUUACUGCUGCUCGUUUUCGUCUUGUGUAUCGACAUCAUCAUGUAAUUGUAAAAGCUGAAGGCCAGUAGUGAUCGGCCUUGCUUUAAUAAAGCCCUAGAGAGA